CCACCUUCUCCUUCGGCCCCGGCACCGGUGCAUUCUCCUCCCUCGGCUCCUCCGCCAAUCCCUCCUCCUCCUCCUCCUCCUCCUCGGGCCCUGCCAGCCGCCGCUCGUCCGCCCUGUCCUCCCUCGGCGAUAGGUUCGGUCGUCCUGGCCCUGGAUUGCCCACGGUCGACGAGAACGACCAGCAUGCUGCCGAAAGACGCCCCCUCUCCAACUUCCCCUCUGUAUCCACUUCCCCCAACGCCUCCGCCUCGGCCUCCUCUCGCAGCCAGGCCGCCAAUCCGUCCCCCAUAUCUACCUCGUCCUCUCCCCCGAGUGGAGGACCAUCCCCUGGGGCCAACCCCAGGCGCGGCCAUGCUCGCUCAAUGUCGAUGAAGGAGCAAAUGGACCAAUUUGGCCAGGAUAAGAACCGUGAGGGUGCCCCAAAGACCCUUCAAUCGCUUCAGGAAAUGAUCAGCAGCCUGAAGAACUUGCCCCCGGCCAGCCAGAACAACCCAGCAAGCACCGCUGCAUCUGGUGCCCCAAUGGACCAGCAGCAGCAGCCUAGCCAGGGUCUCUCUCGCCACGAAAAGCGAAUGUCCCUGUCUGCGCUGCCUUCACGAACCUCGGUGGGUACGGGCAGUAUCAGCCCCAUGGCUGCCAAGGAACCCGCCUUUAGUACCAUCAGCACAACCACGACCCUUCACAUCUCGCAGCCGCCUCGAGGAACAUCAAUUGAGACCGCACUCCAGUCGACCGUCGCAACCCUGCGUCGCCUUUCCGUCUCUGAUCCAAAGCGCCCAGCGAUCCCUGCUGCCAAGAAGGACGAUGAUUAUGAGAGCGCGGCCGGCAGGAAAGCCAGCAAUCGACGCUCUGUCGUUCUACCACAGGAGAUUGGCUCACUUGGCAGUAACGUUGGCGAUUCUCAGGAUGUCAAUCGACGUAAUAGGCGCUCUUUCAUAAACUCGGCAACCGAUGGCUCGUAUUACAGCCUUGCAUCAGAGACAACAACAGCAACAACUACAGCAGCAGCAACGGGAUCCUCCUCUUCGACUAGUGGUGCACCAUCGACCUAUCAGCCCAACCGUCGCUCUGUAAUUAUUCGUCCUGAAGAGGUAGCAGCAUUACAGGAGGGCCGCCCAUAUGUUCCCUCCGCAGCUGCGAAUGCAGCACGAGCAAACUUCUCGAGUGAUGAGGAGACCGAUGCCGUGGCUGACGCUCUUUCGGCGCUUGAAGGCAAGGGUAGCGUGGGCAACCGAUCCAGUCUUGCCGCAAAGGCGCCCCAUCGACGCUCGAUCUCGGGCGUUGAUCCAAACUCACUGGCAGAGUUCGCUUCCAAGCUGCCCAGCCAUAUGCAACCAGGCCCUGGCUCUGCAGCCUUCCAAAACUUUGGUCAAAGCCUUGUUAACAACGACGAUACCCAGGACCGUCGACGCUACACGACUGUUUUCAACUUUCCUACCCAGAAUCGCACCUCUGUCGCUGCCUCAGGCAUGACUGGUUCUGCCAGCCGACGCCUCUCCGCGUUGCCGUCUGCCAAGGACGUCGAUCGGAAGGACUGGCGCAUGUCCACUCCCGCGCCCUCGAAUGGCGGACUCUCAAACAGGGAUAGCGUCAGCUUGAAGGACAAUGCGAAUGGUCGACGCCCGCUAUUCCAGGCUCACCUUACGUACUCCGAUUUCCAUUCACUUCUCACCAAACAGAAGCACAAGUACGUGCAGGGUGUCUUAAGAAUCAACAAGCGGAAUCGAUCAGAUGCCUAUGUUACCGUGGACUCUCUUCCAGAGGGCGAUGUUUACAUCUGCGGCAGCAAGGAUAGGAAUCGCGCCCUGGAAGGAGACGUGGUCGGCAUUGAGCUGAUCGAUUUUGAGGACAUGCCCCUACAAAAGCUCGAGGGCGGCAAGGAGAAAAAGAGGAGCAAGCGCGUCGAAGACGUCGAAGAGGCAGGGGAUGCGGAUGUGGAGGACAUCAAGCCAAAGUACUGCGGCCGUGUUGUCUCCAUUGUUGAGCGCUCCCUGGUCCAGAUGUUCUCUGGAACGUUGACCCUGCAGCGACCCAGCGGAUCGGCCAAGAAAAACGAGCGCCGUCGCCAAGACGAUGAGGACCAAAAGGGGCAACCCAGGAUUGUCUGGUUCAAGCCGACCGACAAACGCGUGCCUCUUAUUGCUAUUCCUAUCGACCAGGCGCCAGAGGACUUUGUGGAAAAUCAUGCCUCGUAUACACACAAACUAUUCCUUGCUACGAUCAAGCGUUGGCCCCUGAGCUCCCUUCAUCCCUUCGGACACCUGGAGCGUGAGUUGGGUGACAUUGGCAACAUUGAAAUCGAGACCGAGGCCCUGCUGGCCGACAACAAUGUCAUGACUACCGCGUUUGGCGAAAAGGUGGAAAAGUGUCUGCCGGAACUCCCAUGGGCUAUUCCUGAGAACGAGCUGAGCCGUCGUCGCGAUUUGCGCCAGAGCUGCACCUUCACGAUCGAUCCCGCGACCGCCAAGGACUUGGACGACGCAGUAUCAUGCAUUCGCCUCGAGGAUGGAACAUACGAGAUCGGAGUUCAUAUCGCGGAUGUGUCACAUUUCAUCAAGGUCGGAUCUGCAUUGGAUCGCGAGGCCAAGGCCCGGGCCACAACUGUUUACCUGGUACAAAAGGCGAUUCCUAUGCUUCCAAGCAUCCUUUCCGAGGACCUGUGCAGCCUGAGAGUAAACGUCGAGCGCCUCACAUUUUCAGUGUUCUGGAAGAUGACGGAGCAUGGAGAUAUUCUGGAUACUUCGUUCGCGAAAUCUAUCAUUCGAUCAUGUGCCCAGCUCUCGUACGACGAUGCACAGAAGGUGAUCACGGUCGGUUCCCUGGAUCCCAAGGUUCAAGUCUUUGACCAUCCACGGGCAAUUGUCGAGGAAAAUAUCAAGACGUUUUUCAAACUGUCCAUGAUCCUCCGCCAAAAGCGCUUCGACAAUGGCGCGCUUUCGAUCAACUCGGUCAAGUUGGCUUUUGAGACGGACGAGCAGGAUAACCCGGUGGAUGUGUCGGUGUACGAACUCAAGGAAAGCAACCGACUGAUCGAAGAGUUCAUGCUGCUCGCUAACAUGAGUGUCGCCAAGCAGAUCUGCGAAUUCUUCCCGGAGCAGGCCCUGCUGCGUCGACAUGAGAAUCCCCUCGAGAGACGUAUGACCGACUUUAUCUCGCACAUGAACAAGAUCGGACUUGAGCUGGAUGCGUCGAGCGCAGGAGCGUUGCAGGCGUCCAUGGAUGCGAUCCAAGAUCCAGAUGUACGCAAGGUCGUCCGUUUGUUGGCCGUCAAGCCAAUGCACCGCGCCAAGUACAUUUGCAGCGGAAUGCUUCCUGCGAACAAGUACCAUCACUACGCGCUCAAUGCUCCGCUCUAUACCCACUUUACCUCACCGAUCCGGCGUUACGCUGAUAUUAUCGUUCACCGGUUGCUGGAGGCAUCCUUGACUGGAGACACCAAAGUGUAUCUCAACAAGGAGAAUUGCCAGAAGAGUGCCAACCACUGUAACCUCAAGAAGGACGCAGCCAAGCUCGCUGAAGAGCAGAGCAGCCAUCUCUUUCUGAGCCUCCUCCUCCGGAACAUGACGGAGGAGAAGGGCAUGGUGAUUCGGGAAGGUAUCGUGGUGCAGGUGCAGGAUGUCUCGUUCGACGUCAUGGUGGCUGAAUACGGUCUGGAGAAGCGAGUGCAUCUGGAUCAGUUGCCGCUGGAACGCUAUUCGUGGAACGAGACCACCGAGACCCUGAAGCUCUACUGGGGCUCGCAACCGUUCAAGACUGGGGAGGAUGAUACAGCUUCGAUCCAUGAGAACCAUGCGGACAGGAGACGGUCGAUCGCGUUCUCACAGUCGGCUUCACGACAUGAGUCGAUGGACCAUCCGGACGACGCGACGAAUGCGUACGAUGAUGAGCGUGGACUGUUUGAUGAUGAUAGCGAUUAUGAAGACCACCAGGCGUCGUCUUCGAUGCUUCGCUCGAGUCAGGACGAUGAUGCGGCGGACGAGCUCGCUGAGAACCUGAGCAAGAUCAAGAUGUUUGGGCGUGUGCAGGUGUUGGUCACGGCGGAUACGACUGUGUCGCCUCCUUUGAUCAAAGUUGUGGCCAUGAACCCCUUUGCGACAGCUACGGCAGCGCCUUGAAAGUGGCAGUGGAGAGGAGGAGAUAAAAGAUAAAAAAAAAAAGAAAAAAGAAAAAGAAAAGGGAAAGCGAAGGGGGAGGAUGGGGCUGAAUGAGGUAGGGC